AACCACUUGAGUACUAGCUAAUUCCAAACCAAUGUUCAAAAAAAACCCAAAAAAAAACCAUUAUAGACAAACUUAAUAAAUAGCGUUGGAGAGAGAGAAUAAACAUGAACAUCUAAAAAGGGAAAGGAGAAUGAAGAAUGAGGAGGAGGAGCCGCUCAGCCCGAUGGCUCGUGUAUUCCAAUCGCCGGACAUAGACUUAUGUGCCAUCAUCAACAUUGGGUUCAAAACAAAAAUUAAUCCCGACGUUGUUCUUGAUGCUUUGAAGCAAAAUGUUUACAAGCAUCCUCGUUUCUCCAGCAAACUGUCUGAAAAUGGUGAAAAAUGGAUCGAGACCGAAGUCAAUGUAGAAGAUCAUGUAAUCGUACCAUACAUAGAUCCAGAAGAUAUAUGUGAAGGUGGACAAAGCUUCGUCGAUGAUUAUAUCUCACGUCUCACAUUGAUUCCUCUUGAUAGAUCAAGACCUUUGUGGGACAUUCACAUCCUUAAUGUCAAAACCUCAUAUGCUGAAGCAGUCGGUGUAAUAAGAUUUAACCAUGCGUUGGCAGAUGGAAUGUCCUUCAUUUCCCUAGUUCUUGCAUGUACCCAUAAAACAUCAAAUCCUGACAUGUUGUCUACUGCUAUUCCUUCGGUGAAACGGCGAAGCACGGUGUCACAUAGCCUAAAAAAAACCGGCUGGUUCUUAACGGCAAUAUUCACCAUUGGUUCUACAAUGAGACUAAUUUGGAAUACAUUGGUAGAUAUGUUCUUGCUUUUUGCUACUAUGUUGUUUCUGAAGGAUACAAAAACACCACUAAAAGGCGGUGCGAAUGUCAGGAGCAAUCCAAAGACAUUUUAUCACCGAAAUAUCUCUCUAGAUGACAUUAAACUUAUCAAGAACGCUAUGAACAUGACUAUCAACGAUGUUCUACUCGGAAUUACACAAGCUGCUCUUUCUAGCUAUUUGAACCGACGAUAUGAACACGAAAAUAAUAAUGAGGAGGAUGGAGUAUUGACUUCAUAUACAAACAAUCUUCCAGAUCGAAUACGAUUUCGUGCAGGUUGUACGGUAAACCUAAGGUCAGACAUCGGGUUCAAGCCUUUGGCAGAAAUGAUGGUCAAGGAUUCAAAAUGCAGAUGGGGAAACUACUUUAGCUUUAUUAUUUUACCAUUAUCGAUUAGUUUAGAAACCGAUCCAUUGGUUUAUCUAAACAAAUCCAAAGCUAUGAUGGCUCGAACGAAGCACUCUUAUCAAGCAGCUCUAACGUAUUUUCUUAUCAAAAUAUCCCUAAAAGUGUUAGGAGCUAAGGUAAACAAAUUGAGUUUUGUUUGCAUAUUUGUGGACUAUAUAUAACACUUUUCUUCAAUUAUAGGCAACGACAUCAUUAUUCAAUCAACACUUGAUGAACAUAACGACAUGUGUUUCAAACGUUAUGGGUCCUAUGGAAGAAAUCAGUUUCAAUGGCCAUCCUGUCGCUUACAUUUCUCCAAGCUCUUAUGGACACUCACAUGCAUUGUUGAUACAUUACACAAGUUAUGCUGGUGAAAUGACAAUUACUAUAACGGUUGAUCCUACUGUAAUACCGGAUCCUCACAAGAUUUGUGAUGAUAUGGAAGAAUCACUGAAAACAAUGAAAGCUGUUCUCUGGGAAAGAGGGUUACUCAAAGAGGCCUAUAAGGUCUAAAUCCUUAAUUAAAGACGAGAUCUAUUUUUCUUUGGUACUAAAGUGUUCUAUAAGCUUUCAAUAUUUGUUUUGUAAUAUCAAUUGAAGUCGGAAUAAAUUGAUGGGUCAGUUACUC